GUGAUACACAAGGGGAGGCGCAGGGUGAAGCUGUGGAGGGGCGCAUUGUCCUGACGGCUAUGAUAACCGCAUAUUCAGCGCUAUUACAAAUAAGAAAUUGAGGUUUGAACAGAAUGCCUGUGAAGGCUCGACCGCAGCCGCAAGCUGUCACAAUUAUUUCAAAUCAGCGCCUGACAGACAACGAAGCACGGCGGGCCCAUCCGCGCGCCAUUGGUGUAUGUCCCGCCGUGGACUCAAACAUACAUAAGUUAAAUUCAUGUAUUCAGGGGCAUUAUAGCUUCGCUUGCCUUCAACCACCAUCGACCAGGAGUUGGUUGUGUAAUAAACGCUUGUGCCUCCUCUUCUUUUAGCGCACUUAUCAUUGCGUUACUUUCCCUCACAAUCGCUGUGAGCUGCACAGUUUAGCGAACCUCCUCGGCGUCAUUGAUCGGAGCAAAGAAGCUACAUCAUGGCAACUUCGCGCCGCUGCGGCGAUCAGCUGCGAUUGACGCCACGCAUAUGCUUGAGCUGGGCUGUCAUGAUGCUGGCGAUGUUGGCAAGCAACACCGCGACGGCUAUGGUGGCGCCGCGGCGACUGCUCAGCCCAGCGGACGCUGCCCGUGCCCCUGCCGCCGCACCCACCCCUGCUUACGGCACGUACCCAGCCGUGCCUGUGGCCCCGCCCCCCGCCUACCCGGACACCCUGUUUCCCCCCUCGCCGUCCCCCGCUCCCGCCUACGGCACGUACGGCCCCUCCAUGCAGCCGCCUCCCGCCGCGCCAGUGUACGGCGGACCGUACGGCGGGUACGGCAGCCCCGUGUCGCCUCCGCCCGCCAUGAACCCCGAGUACGGCCAUCCCGUCAGCCCGCCGCCUGCCGCAUACGGCGCCUACGCCCAGCCGCCGCCGCCUACCGCGUACGGCAUUUACACCCAGCAGCCGCCGGCCCCUGCGUACGGCCCUUACGGCCGGCAGCCGUCGGCCCCUGCGUACGGCAACUAAAUCCAGUGCUGUUACAGUGGCGCGUUAUUGGUCCCAGUAUUAUGUAUGGUGCCUGGCCCUGCAAACGGUACGGUACGGUACCGGAUACGACCCUACCUGCUAGCAACUAGACCAUAGACCCUAGCCUUUGCGCCUUGACACUGAGUCGGACCAGGCACAUCUCGCUGUAGCACGUGUGCCUCUAGACGCGGCACCUGGCGUGCUGGCGUUACCGUGUCACAGCUCAGAGCGAUUGACGGGUUGGCAUGCUGUGCCUCGCUCACGGAUAUGCUCGGGUGGCUGGCCGUGCCUCCCGGCCUCACAAUGCCGGCUGCGCAUUCGCAUGCCGGAUCCCAGUGUGGCAUGCUGCCUGUUCCUCCGGCUGGUCACGUGGGGCCGCUAUUGAAUUCUGCAUGUGCUGGCUGCAUUAGGUAUGGGUGGCGCUGGCUGCAUUUAGUUGAGUGUAGGGGACCGGACUAAGAGCACCUCAAUGACAUUCAUCCCCUUUUUACAUUCGUUGAUGGUAAGAAGAGCUUUUGCAGUGGAUUGGGUUGACUUCAUUGCUUGUGCUUGUGUGGAUAGUACGUAGCGGGAGUGCUAGACUGACGAAGGCGCGCACACGUAGGACAGAGCAAUGCGCACGAGUGUCCGAGGAUUAGCAGCAUGGAGGGAUAGUGGGGAAGCAUAUUAAAGUGACGCGAGUGGAAGCACCUGAACAUAUUCAGCAGUUAGCAUUGUGUGUAGCGCUUGACUGCGAACAAAGCGGGGCAUGUGUGCGUGCAUGUGUGUAUGUCCUGUGUGUCUGUGUGUGGUUGUGUCUCCGGUGUGUGUGUGUGUGUGUGUGUGUGUGUGUGUGUGUGUGUGUGUGUGUGUGUGUGUGUGUUAAAGAGCACAAGGAAAACGUUGCGCAAAGACAGUGUAUGCGAUGCAGCAAAGCGACGUGUGUGUGUGUGUGUGUGUGUGUGUGUGUGUCUGGCGUGUCCUCAAUCGUAGUAGUUGCCAUCAAUUGGCCCGUGCCCGUUCGUGGAGGGGCAUGUGCAGCAUAUGUGCGUACGUGCCGGUAUGCCAGGGGAGUGCUGCCGAUGCUGCCCGCCGUCGCGGGGUCGGUGUGGGUGCAUGCGUGGGCGUGCGUGGUACGUUGUGCACAGUUGCCUUGCCAAGACUGAUGACUCUGCUGUAAUUUCGUGUGCAG